AUGUUGGCCAGCUCGUGGCUCUGGGCCCUGGUGGCCGUCUGUGCUGCAGACUUAUUCCGGGAGGAGGCAGAGAGGAUCAUGCGGGUCACUCCUGUCAUUGACGGGCACAAUGACCUGCCUUGGCAGCUGCUGACUAUGUUCAACAACCGGCUGCAGGACGACAGGGCCAACCUGACCAGCCUGGCCGGCACCCACACCAACAUCCCCAAACUGAGGGCUGGCUUUGUGGGGGGCCAGUUCUGGUCUGCGUACAUGCCCUGCGACACGCAGAACAAAGAUACCGUGAAGAGGACGCUGGAGCAGAUGGACACCAUCCACCGCAUGUGCCAGAUGUACCCCGAGACCUUCCUGUGCGUCACCAGCAGUGCAGGCAUCCGGCAGGCCUUCCAGGAGGGGAAGGUGGCCAGUCUGAUUGGAGUGGAGGGCGGCCACUCCAUCGACAGCAGCCUGGGCGUCCUGCGAGCCUUCUACCACCUGGGCAUGCGGUACCUGACCCUAACUCACAACUGCAACACGCCCUGGGCUGACAACUGGCUGGUGGACACAGGAGAUGACAAAGCCCAGAGCCAAGGCCUGUCGCUCUUUGGUCAGCGUGUGGUGAAGGAGAUGAACCGCCUGGGCAUCAUGGUGGACUUGGCCCAUGUGUCUGUGGCCACCAUGAAGGCCGCUCUGCAGCUGUCCAAGGCCCCGGUCAUCUUCAGCCACUCCUCAGCCUACCACCUGUGUGCACACCGGCGCAACGUGCCAGACGAAGUGCUCCAGCUGGUGAAAGAAACAGACAGCCUGGUGAUGGUGAAUUUCUACAAUGACUACGUCUCCUGCAGGAGGGAGGCCAACCUGUCUCAAGUGGCCGACCACCUGGAUCACAUCAAGCAGGUGGCAGGAGCCAGAGCUGUGGGCUUUGGUGGUGACUAUGAUGGCGUCUCAAGGCUGCCCGUGGGGCUGGAGGACGUCUCCAAGUAUCCAGACCUGAUUGCUGAGCUUCUCAGGAGGAACUGGACAGAGGCAGAGAUCAGGGGCGCAUUGGCUGAAAACCUGCUGAGGGUCUUUGAAGCGGUGGAGCAGGUGAGCAAUCACAUGCAAACCCCGGAGGAAGAGCCCAUCCCACUCGACCAGCUGGAUGGUUCCUGCAGGACACAGUAUGGCUACUCUGAGGCCCCCAGCCUCCACCGCCAGCCUGGGGUCCUGCUGACCUCCCUCACAUCUCUGCUUUUCUGCCUGUGUCUUCUGUGA